AUGAGCUUCGAUUCGGGUACCGCUUACGCGGAAUCCGAUGCCGACGAUGAGUACGAGAGGAGCCUCCACACAAGCUCACCAGUUCUCGCCACCGACUCCGAGAUCUCCCCAACCGAUUCCGAAGGCCGCUCCUCGACCGAACACACGCCCACUACCUAUGGCCAUCGCAGCAGUGCCGACAGACUACCUGAGACCAUAAUAUCUGAGUGGGAUGCCGACGAGUGCGCCGACUUCAUUGCUACGAUAGGCCUGCAGCAGUACUCAGAUAGAUUUAUUGAGAACGAGAUCGUCGGCGAGGCUUUGGUGGCUUUGCUGCAUGAUGACCUCAAGGCCAUGGGAGUGACCAGUGUCGGUCAUCGCUUAACUAUUCUCAAGAGUGUUUAUGAUGUGAAGAAAGCUCAAGACGUUCCUAUAGAAAGUGACCAUUAUGUACCAUUAUCUGCCGACGCCGAAGCUCAAUACGCGACAGCGACUCUAAAAGACAUCAAACACUUAGUCGAGCAACUACGUCUCCGAGAUGAGAGAAUGAGCUUUCUCGAACAGGACUUCCGACGGAUGACAGAUGACUUCAGACGAUUGCGGGAAGACAUGCUACCGGCUUUACGCCUUGUCAAGGACGCGCAACAACCUCUGCCUCAUGUAGCCAACAACCAGGCAGGACACGGUUACGAAACAGCGACAAUAUCUCCUCCAGCUCCCACCCCUUCGUCGAAUCAGCCAUCUGGUGAUCUGAAGCGACAUUACUCCACUAAGAAAAUUGUCCUUGGUACGAACCCCAAAAGCAUAUCCCCCUCUCACCUUCAGACUACUCACGAGCGGCCAUCGGUAGAGCAAACCCUCGAUCCCUCGAAUGCCGCCGAAAGAGCUGUCUUGUCUUCGUCACAUUUGGCUGCCAUGAACGGCAGUGGCCAAGCUACCUCACCUGGGUAUUCUUCUGCGGGCGUGCCUUCGCCCACCUCACCCCCUACUUUGGGUAGUGCCACCCUCGGUCCUCGAACGUACCGCUCCAACGAGCAACCGACACCAUCUAGCCGCACGACCUUCUCGGAAAGCGAUCAUGGCUAUAAUGCGAAGCAGCCUGUAGCCCCACGGCGGAUGCAGACUCCUGUCCCUGAAACGCCCGGCUCGAGCUCAGCCUCGGUAGAGAUCUUCAAGUCGUUCAGGGUUAGUAUGGAUGACCCUUGCUACAAGGUCCUUCCGGCUGCCUUGAAGAAAUAUCAAAUCAACGCGCCGUGGGAUCAAUAUGCGCUCUACAUUGUCUAUGGCGAUCAAGAACGCUGCUUGGGCCUAGAGGAGAAACCAUUGAUCCUUUUUAAGCAAUUGGACAAGGAAGGAAAGAAGCCCAUGUUCAUGUUACGGAAAACCAACACAGCGCCGGUGGACACUGAAGCGCCCGGCAGCGCUGGUCUGAAUACCGGCAAUGCCAGGGGAGUCGGCUAUGACCCGCCUGGUGGCAUUAUAUGA